CAUCAUUCCCUGCAAUUGACGCACGUUGAUGAAUGAACUAUUCAAACGGUCAAUAACUGGCCAGGUGACAAAAGAAAACUUAUCACGCUCCAGAGGAGCUUUCCUUUAUCACCACUUCAUUCAGCAGAGACUCUUCGAAACUGGUCUUGUUUACAACAAUCAAACUCCCGGACAGUAAACGGAGUAGGGGAAUGAGUUUGAGGCGCACGUUUGUCAACUAACAUUGUCGAUAGUUUGGGAAAGACUGACGAAUUACUUAGGAAACAAAACUGACGACGGGACAGCUUGAAGAUGGAGGUUUCGGAGCAAGAAGCAGGAGGUGAUUUACGCAAUGAAAUACCAGAGCAUGAACAAGCCCUUCUAAACGGCGACCACCACCAUAACGGUGACGACGUCGACGGUCAUCACAGCGUCAAUGACGAGCGGCCCGUAACGGUGGGCGAACAGGUCAGACAGGAAAGCGACUCGGCUGGCGGAGCCCCCGUCCUCGCCACCGCCCAUCUGACAAUGGACCAGUCGAAGGACUUCGGCGGGGGCGGCGACGAGUCGGGGGUCGGGUCCGUCACGGAUAGCUCCUCCGUGGCGAGCAAGAGGAAUAAGAUGGGGAAAGAUGAUGAUUCAGACCACAGCGACAGCGGCUGGGACACCGAUUUAGAAAUCGAUGAAAAAGACAAGAUAGAGGAGUAUGACCCGACGGGCCGGAAGACCUACAAACAGGCAUGCCUGGACAUCGGUGUCGUACCAGCUUCACAUUUCUUACGUCACAUGACGACGAGUAGGGUCUCGAUGAAGCACCAUGGGCUUGGUCCACACGGCGCAAAGGCCAUCGCAGUGGCCCUUGUGGCUAACACGACAGUAUUAACCUUGGACUUGGAGGAUAAUUGGGUAGAGGGAGAUGGUGGCGUGUACAUUGCCGAUAUGCUCAAAGAAAAUUGCUACAUAAAUGACCUUAAUCUUGCCGAGAAUAAAAUAGGAUCAAGAGGAGCCAAAGCGAUGGGAGAGAUGUUACUAGACAACACAAACCUGAGACGGGUUAACCUAUCUGGUAACGAAUUUAAAGACAAAGAUGCAAAUGAAUUCACAGAAUCAUUUAAGUCAAACUACAGAAUAAAAGAGCUCAUCCUGAGUCACAAUGAGUUUGGAGAGGUGGGAGGAGAGAUCUUAGGACAUGGUAUAGGUGCAACGGAAUCAAUAGAGCAUUUAAAUCUCAGCUGGAAUCACUUAAGGAGAAAAGGGGCAAUAGCCAUCUGCAGAGGCUUGGCGGAAAACUUGAGCAUCAAGCGUCUGAACUUGUCCUGGAAUGGCUUUGGCAAUGAAGGUGCAUUGGCUAUGGCAGAGGCACUCAAGUUCAACAGCACGCUGCAAUGGCUCGACAUGAGUAACAACAGGGUCACCAAUGAGGGCGCUUUCAUGCUGGCCAAGGGUGUAGAAAUCAACGACAGUAUCAAGGUCUUGAAGCUUGGUCAGAACCCUAUCACUGCAGCAGGAGCCAUGGCAAUACUAAUUGCAAUCAAGAACAAUUCAAACACUGUACUAGAACUACUAGACCUUGCAGAUAUCACAGUGAACAAAGACUGCGUGAAGCUGUUGACUGAGCUGAAAGAGGUUCGUCCAGAGUUCCUGGUCGCCUACCAGUCGUCCGUCGGCCAGUUUGAGAAGCCUCCCGAGAAGGAGCCUGACCCAGUGAAGAUGCUCAGGGAAUUCAUCUCGGCCAACAACCUGAGGGUGUGGGACCUCUUCAAGACCUACGACAAGGACAAGAGCUUGACGGUCACCCGGGAGGAAUUCAAGAAAGGGCUGGUGAGCUCGGGUCUUCAGAUGAAGCCACAUCUCCUGAACAGACUGGUAGAAACGUUGGACAAGGAUGGAGAUGGAGAGAUCGAUUACGGAGAGCUUAAGAUUGGUCACAACGAGAUGAUACAAGCCGAACGCGAUGAGCGCAAGCGACAGAUGGAACGGGUGCAGAAGAACAGGAGCAACCCGCUCUACAAACCCGUCGCUGAACAGUUCCAGGACCUGAAACCCAAGCAGGUCCGGGACUCACUGUCACCGGAUCGGCUCCAGAAGCUGCGCUCCACCAUCAAACCCGACACAACUCAGUGGACCUCGCGGGGGAGGAAGGCGGAUACCGUCAGCGCGGGGAUAAGGUCUCUGGACGCCACAGUGAACUUCACCAGUGAACUUGAGGAGAAGUACAUGAACGAGGAACAGUGGUUGAGUAAGACCUUGGGGCCGGCAUCUAGGACCCCUAGCCCUGGUGGGCUCAGCACGAGAGCCCCUGGUACCAGGGCCAAGAGUCCUAGGUCCAAAACCCCAAUGAAGUCACCAAGGACUAAUAACCUGAACGUUACACUGUGAGGAAGCCCAGAUGAACAAAUUUGAAAGGAAACUCUGGUCUCUUGAAAAGCAAGAAUAAAUCGAAUUUCAUGAUUCUAUGCAAUAACGAUGAUGAAAUAUGCAUGAUAAAGUGCCAUUGAUUGGUUCAUAUGUUGUAUUGGUAUAUUAUGUGUCAUACAUCCUUCCAAGACCUUGUGUGCAAAAAAACUUAAGGAUUGCCAGGUAACAUUCUUGCAAGAAAGUUGCAUUGCAAACAACUGCCAAUCAGUUGCAAAUUUUGCUCAUCCUCCAAAUUUAUUGCAAAAAUUGUGCUUGAUCUGCAAUUAAUUGCAAGAUUUGCGCUAGAUAUUUGCAGCACAACUCUUUCUUGAAACAUGAUUUUGUUGCAAAUUUGCAAUUAAACGCCAGAGUUGCACUUAAUUUUGGGAAUUGCGUUUAAAUGCAACUUUCUUGCAACGCCCCAUUAGUCAUGGAAGCCUCAGAGAUGUUAUUGGGCAAAUUCAAGCUAUUUGCUCCAAAUGUUACCAAACAUAUCUAAGAAUGCAGUUUAUCUGAUGAUUGUAUUUGGUUAAUGUCACUACUAAAGCUUCAG